AUGCCUUAUCGCCCAGAUCUACCAGUCCCUCUCAAUGAGCACGCCGAGCACCAAAUCUUCUUUGAAGCAGCACAUCACCUCCGUGACUCACCAGCAUCCUUACCGGUACCGAAUUCCACGCAUUCGUUCUGGCUGCAUCCUUCCAAAGAAGUAAAUCCACUCGCAAAGGAGGGAAGUGAAGGUCCAAUCACAUCUGAUGCGGACAUUUGCAUAAUCGGCUCUGGCAUCACCGGAGUAUCCGCGGCUUACCAUUUGUCUAAAUCUGCUCCUGAGAAGAAAGUAGUAAUUCUCGAGGCGCGAGAUUUUUGCUCCGGAGCUACAGGAAGAAAUGGCGGACACCUUACCCCAGCUACCUUCCUAGACUUCGCCCGUCUUGCAAAAGAAAUGGGCGUCGAAGAAGCAAAGAAACAAUUUGCACUCGAAGAUCACUCCGCAGACUCACUAGUCGAAAUAAUCAAAGCAAACAGACUAGAAGACAUAGUCGACCUCGUCUCAGGCGGACAUAUCCAACUUUGUUUUACUGACGAAGAACUCGAGGGUGUGCGCGUUGACUAUGAACGUGCAAAAGAGUCAGGUUUGGACGUUAGUACAGUUACGUUUCUCACAAAAGAGGAAGUACAUGAAAAAUUCGGUGCGUCCUACCCAGCGACGCGAAGUCCAGCACACAACGUCUGGCCACUCAAAGUCGUCACUCAGCUCUUCCAUCUCGCCAAAGCAGGAUUUUCCUCCUCAUCCGGUUCACUAUCUCUCUUCACCUCCGCACCAGUCACCUCAAUCUCUCCUUCCAACUCAAAAAACAAUUCAGAGCGGCGAUGGACACUAUCGACUCCACGCGGGUCCAUAAGUUGCACAACCGUCCUACACGCAACAAACGGCUACGCCUCCCAUCUCCUCCCCUUCCUCGCCGGCCCAAAGGGCAUCGUCCCCACCCGAGGCCAACUCAUCGCAACCCGCGCCACCGUCCCCAUCUCAGACGAAGAACGCGCCUCCUGGGGCGGGAACUCCCACUACGAAUAUUGGUUCCCACGUCCACCCAAAUCCAACCACGACAAAGCGCAUCCGUUAAUCAUUUUAGGAGGCGGACGCGAAGCGAUAGGUGGAUACGAAAUUGGUACGACGGAUGAUAGUACUGUGAAUCCGAAAGUGGGGAAGAUAUUGAGAGAGUUCUUGCCUGCUGUUUUCCCUGGGAAGUACGAGAAGGGGAAUGAGCCCGAGAGGGAGUGGACUGGAAUUAUGGGGUUCACAUCUCUGCGCGACCCUUUCGUUGGGCCAGUCUUCACCCCAGACGGCUCUGAGCUCAAAGGCCAAUACAUCUCAGCAGGGUACACAGGGCACGGUAUGCCACGUACUUUCGCCUGUGCGGAAGCCGUCACCGCUCUCAUACUACACGACCUCUCCGAUACACCACGCGACAACUGGACUGUGCCCGAGUGGCUACCGAAGCGGUAUCUUACGUGGACUCGGAAGUUGGCGUGAUGACAUCGACAAAGGAGAAUGGAAUUUGGAAUAAUAACUGCGGUUAAAAGUGGGUUUGUAGAAAAAGAAUGGACGGAGGAAAGAACGUUGGGGAUUUGAACGCAUUUAACGGAGAUUGACAUAAAAACUCAGUAAAAAGUUCAGGAAUGUGAACAUUUAGUGGAUAAUAUACAUGUAUACUACGACGCGAGAAAUUUAUUUCUG